AUGAUAGAUGAAAAUCAAGUAUUCUUAGAGUUGAUUAAAUAUAUAAUAUCAACAUUAAUUCCACAAUGUCCAAAAGAAAUUCUUCCAGAGUUAUAUUCAUUUAUUAGAAAAUUAUUCCUAGAAAUGGAAAGCACAUUUAACUCAUAUCAUAUUAAAAAUUAUUCAAAACCUAACAACUAUGCAACUAUUCCAUGUAAAAUAUAUGAUUUAGAAAUACCUCAUGCUUUACUUGAUACGGGUUCUGAUGGAUCUCAUCUUUCUGAUAAUAUUGGAUAUUAUAUUGAAAAAUAUUUUGGUUUAAAAAUGGAUAGAAAAAAGACUUAUAGACUUUCAGGAGCAGUUGGAGAAAAACAAUCUAUAGGAACAUUUCAUGAUAUUCCAAUAACUAUAGGUAUAGGAAAUGAUACUGUAAAUAUUUCAGAUGAAUUUUCAGUUUUUCCAACAGAAAAAGAUCAUAAUAGUAAAGAUAUAUCAUUAUUUAUUCUUGGUACCAGAUGGCAACAUCAUGCUGGAUGGGAGCCUAUAGUAAAAGGGGAAUUUAAAGCUUCUUGCAAUGGAAAAACCAUUACUAUUCCAAUUUCCAUUCAUAAACCUCAGCAAAAUGUUUUUAGCAAAUCUAGCAUCAAUAUAUUAAAACCACAUUUAAAAAACUGUAAGCAUAGAAAAAAUGAAAAUAACAGUAUUUCUACAGUUAAUGAAAAUGUUUUGACAGCAAUUAACAGUGUUUCAACAGUUAAUGAAAAUGUUUUAACAUCAAAUAACAGUGUUUCAAUGAAAAAUAAUAAUGUUCUUACAGUUCUUAUUUGA